UUGUAUACGUAGAAACGAUCUCGAGCACUAAACGAUAAAACCUUGAGAGUCUUGAGGAGUCUGGCCAGUGCCUUCGCAGACGUGGAUCCGCAAACUACAUGAAAUCGGUGUUUUUAACGCGUUCUGUGUCUGCGUCAUCGGUUAAUUCAAUUUCGAUAGACCGGACGUAUCUCUCAUGAAAAUACAUAUUUGAAUAUAACGUGAGAAAUGGUUACGAUCGUGAAAGAAAGUGCGAAUUAUUACACUUACUUCUUAUAUUUAUUUUUUACGAUUGAUCAAAUUUAUCAAAAAUAUACAAGAAAAGUCAUUUGAAAACUAAUACACGAACAUCAUAAUCCAACACGUGUGUUAUAUUAGGUUUUUGUUUUUCUUUUUUUUUUUUUCCUUUUUUUUUCUUUUCCGAAAGACAGAUUGAAUCAAUAGAACAGCUCCCUCGAUCCCUAUCGAUUCAUCUUCGUCCCGAAUUCUUACUCACAGUCAAAGCAAACAUUUCGGUAAAAAAAGAAAGAAAAAAAUAAAAAAAGAAAGAAAAAGGGAAAAAAGAGAAAAGAAGAAAAAAAGCGAAAUCUGAAAGGCACGUGUAUUUCGUGGAUUACUAUAUACACUCGACAGACUUUUUUUCGAUUUGUUACGACAGCUUACGUGAUCAAGAAAAGAAAUAGCAGAAUUUCCAAGUCAUUGGCCAUUCAUUCAUUCCUAUUCUCUCUUUCAUCUCUAGGAAUAACGUUCUCUGAAUUUUAUAUUCUAAGAAGAUUGCCCACGCCGAAUUUUUCGAGAUACCGAAAAGAUGAAGUCAUUAAUUUGCACUUUAUAAACGUACAUUUCAACGUCGAACGAGUCAGAUAAUAUCGAGAACUCGAAUGUAUCUGAUUGGUAAGUUUGUCCGUAAGUUUGUCCGUUAAUCGAAAAGUUGUGUGUUAAAUUAUUGUCGAAGAUACAAGAAAAGGUAUAAUUAAACGAAGAACUUCAAGAAAUAAUUCCAUGAAAAAUAUGUCCAUUAAUAUAUCCAUUUGAAAAUCUAAUAUAACUGACAUAAAUAUGUAUUACUGAUAGUCCAGUGAAGAAAAUGUCAAGGUGAAACGGAAGAUACCGAAGAAUAAGAAAAAAAAAUCGACGAGAGAAACACGAAAGGAAUCGAUUGUUGAUCGUAAGAAAAAAAAAAAAAAAAAAGAAAAAAGAAAGGAAAAGACAAAUUGUUUGAACAAUAUGUCAAUCAUUCAUAAACGACAAAUGGUCUUCUUAAGAUUUCUUAAUGCCAAUCGUCCGAAAGGUGAAUGAAUUUCUCUCUGAGUGUAUUUCUUGAUAGAAAAAAAAAAAAAAAAGAAGAAAGAGAAAAGAAAUUCGACAUGCAUCGACUUAGCAAUUCGAAAAGAAACUUGUGCAGUAUUAUGCGCAACUUAACAUCUUCGUUUUUACUCUUCGUUCUUAUGUCAAGACUAAUUAUCGUCGAGAGUAUAAUGCCUGUCAUUCAUUCUAUAUCAUUGCAAAACGAUACAUUUAUACCGGAAGACUAUAAAGAUCUACCGUUAGUUGGAAAAUGUUGUCCAACGGGUCAAAUAUUAAUUUUAAAAAAAGAUCAAAGUAGGAAAUGCAUUCCAUCGAAUACAUCGGAGUUAAUGUUCUCACCACCUUUUCAUGAAUAUAAUUCAUCUGGUAUUGAGAUACCAGGUAAUGAACGUAAUCGUUUCGUUGCGCUCGUCGGCGAACCUUGUCACUCAAAGAGAGUCUCGGUAAUACAACAAAACGAUCAAGAAGAAGAACAUUAUCUUUUACUUAACGGUUCAAUUUCUUUACCCGACUCUAUUCCUCGAAUCCUCAUGCCUGGCCAAGAUUAUUGCAUGGAAAUCACCCCAACGUUAGGUCUGAUAAUAGUGAUAUGCUUUCCGAAAGAUAAUAAAAUAUUAAUGGCAGACGCUAGAAUAAUAUUUUAUGCCUGUGGACUUUUAAUAUCCGUACCAUUUUUAAUACUCACCAUAAUAGCCUUUUCAAUAACGCCCAGGUUGAGAGAUAUCUAUGGAAAAAUACUUUGUCAUUAUUGUGGAUGUCUCGCUUUAGCGUUCACCGGUUUAGCCAUUACGCAACUUGGCGGUGUACAUUGGGAAGGUCAUACAUGUAUAUGCAUAGCCUUCGUCAUUGAAUUCUCGUUCGUGGCAUGUUAUUUUUGGUUGAACGUAAUGUGCAUCGAGACAUGGUUGUUAAUAAGGAAUCACGUUCAUCAUGUUGCCUACCAAAGAAUAAAACCUAAUGUACUCUUUUUUUAUUACUCGAUAUGGGCUUGGGGAUCUUCAGGUAUUUUUAUUCUUUUAUCUAUAAUAAUGGACCUCAACCCGACGAUACCAAUGAUAUACAUAAAACCAAACGACAUUAGCGAAAACGACAACUGUUGGUUUAAACCGGACAUCAAGACGAUGCCAUUCUUUUUUGUGCCAGUUGGGUUGCUCUUACUAGUCAAUUUAAUAUUUUUUAUCUUAACUGGAAUAACGAUAAGACGAUACCAAAAAGAUCUAUCGCUUAGGCGAUUAGCCAGAAAUCUGGAAUCCGAUCGGCAAGACCAAAGGAUGUUUCGUAGUUUGAAGAGAACAUUUAUAGUCUGCAUAGUAUUAUAUUCAUUGAUGAGUUUAACUUGGACCAUGGAAUUGAUAUCAUGGUUUACCGGUGGUAAUCCCUUCGAUUGGUCCGUCUACGAUCUAGUGAAUGCUUUACAAGGUCUUCUUGUUUUUGGUCUCUUUGUACUUCGUAGACCAGCUAGAGACUUCAUUUGGUAUAGAAUACAAAGAUUUCGUGGUAUCGACGUCGUUGAACCACAACCUGAUACCGCUGUUUUUAGUUUACUUACGGUCAUAAAUUAAAAAAAAAAAAAAAAAAAAAAAAAAAAGAAAGGAAUAUAAAAAAAAAAGAAAAUAUCGCUGGCCC